ACGUACACAGAAGAGACUAAUUAUACAAUUGCUAGCCGCGGAUCGUUUGCAUGAAUAGCAAGGCAGUGUGUGUGUGUUGGUUUUCAUGACAACGUGGACUGUAUCCAGUGCAGGCAAGAUGCUCAAACAAUCGAACUCACACCAAGGUAAACGUUUGUCUCAACAAACGGAUAUGCUGCCAUGGAAACAUUUCACUCAUACAAAAAACAGCUCCUUCUCAAUUGUUCCCUAGAUUGGGAUUCUUAACGUGUGCUAAUGAAUGAUAAUAGGCCUAGCUAGUUGCGCUAAAUAAACAAGAAUAAGAAGGGACUGCAUAUGUUUGGCUGUUAUGGUAACUGUUGCUAGUAUAGUAGUAAGUCAAACUGAACUGGAGUUAACUUCAGACUUGACAGAGCGGAUCCAGGCUGUAUCGAGAUCGUUACGGUAGAACACGCUUCCUCUAAACAUCGACGGAGCAGAUUCGCCAAUCAGAUAAAAUAGCUGACUGCAACUAAAGAAAGAUGAACGCAAUGUUCACUGUAGCCUUAAUCACACUUUGGGCUGUUACUCACGAUAACUUUGGUUAUGUGGAGGCUGAGGCGAGGGUUUGCUAUUUUGGUAACCCGAUUCAGCCGGGUACGGACAACCAGAACUGGAUGAAAGCAGUUUUUGAGGAAAUACGGCAACGCUGCCCAAAGGGGGAGAAACACACUAAAAAUGCUCAGUGUUCAGGAAUCUACCCGCUCGGCAUUGAAGACGGUUCUAUCCCAGACGAGCGACUGACGGCGUCCAGCAGUCCGGACUACCGUCCCGCCACGCACGCACGACUGAACAACCCAGACAGUUACUGGCGACCUGAUAGUGACGGCCCAGAUAACUGGAUAGAGGUGGACUUGACAGGCACAGAAGCAGUUGUGUCGGGCAUCAUCACGCAGGGCUCCAACUAUGAACCCGUGAAGGAUGCCUACUAUAUGUCUCAGUAUAAGGUGGCCUACCAGACCUACUCACCCCCUUCCGAUGGGUAUCAGUACGUGAAAGAUAGCAACGGAGCCACCCAGAUAUUUGAAGGUAACUCCAACGCGGCGACUCCUGUGGAAAACCGGUUUGACAGUGGGGUCCUUGUGGCAAAACUGCGCAUCGUGCCAGUAACCUGGAGGGGACACGCUUGUUUGCGGUUCGAGUUACUUGGAUGUCGCCUCAAGUGAUUUUUCUAAAAAAAAAACCAAACAAACAAACAAACACCCCAACACCCCAACAAAACAAACAAACAAACAAACAAUCGGUAGCCAUUAAUCUUGCAGAUGAAAUCGGCUUAUAAUAAAUUUAAAAGUACUAAUACGUAGUGGCGUAAAUCUGUG